AUGCCCACGGCUCCUUCCUGGCUGUCGGCCAUGCCCGCGGCUCCUACCGGGCCGGCGCCCUGGCUCGCGUGGCCGGCGCCCAGGCUCACACCACCCGCAACCACACCCACGGUGCCCAGGCUCAUGCUGCCCUACCUCGCGCGGCCCAUGGCCCCGCCCGCGCCGACCUGCAUCACGCCGGCGGCGUCCACGCCCACACCGCCCUGGAUGGCGCGGCCGACUGCUAGCACCGACACCAGUCAUGCCGCCCUGCUCUGCCGCGGAAGUGGUGGAUCCGGCGCUAGCACAGGUGGAUCCGUGGCGGGACCACCUCCGAGCCAGCCAUCUCCGUUGCCGGUGGCAACCUGUGCCUAG